UGGGCAUCCAAAGUUUCUAUCUUUCUCUCUCUACAGGAGAGCUCUUUUUCUCUCUCUAAACUUUCCUCUUUUGGGUUCUGCAACUUCACUUUAGUUUCUUUAGCUCUCUUUUUGAUGCAGAGAGCUGAAAAAAUCUCUUUUGUUUACUAGAGGUUUUUUUUAUAUAAAUGUUAAGUCUUUAGCUACUCUUUUUUUUUUUUUUUUUUUGGGUUUUCCUUUGAUCUUGUUUCUGAGUUCAGGUGAGUAAAGAUCGAUUCUUUUAGUCAAAACAAAAAAGAAAUGAAGUAUUCAACUCGGCUUGACUCAGCUGUUUUUCAACUCACUCCAACUCGGACCAGAUGUGAAUUGGUUAUAUCUGCAAAUGGAAAGACCGAGAAAAUAGCUUCUGGUUUGGUUAAUCCAUUUCUUGCCCACUUGAAGACUGCACAAGAUCAGAUGGCGAAGGGAGGUUACUCAAUUAUUCUUGAGCCAGAGCCUGGAACUGGCGCAACAUGGUUCACCAAAGAGACAGUUGAGAGGUUUGUUCGUUUUGUGAGCACUCCAGAGAUCUUGGAGCGGGUGCACACCUUAGAAUCUGAAAUUUUGCAGAUUGAGGAGGCAAUAGCCAUUCAAAGUAACAACGACAUAGGGUUGAACAUGGUAGAAAAUCAUCAAGCUAAACCUGUGGCACGCAUUGAAGGUAGCAAGGCUCUUCUAGAUUCUAAUGAGGAGAAAGCAAUUGUCCUCUAUAAGCCGGGUUCACAUCCACUUGAAGCAAAUGGAUCAGCAGCACACGAGGGAAAUUCAAAAGUCCAGCUUAUGAAAGUUCUGGAGACACGCAAAACUGUGCUGCAGAAAGAGCAAGGCAUGGCCUUUGCACGUGCUGUAGCUGCUGGUUAUGACAUUGAUCAUAUGGCACCUUUGAUGUCAUUUGCUGAAAGUUUUGGGGCCACACGUUUAAUGGAUGCAUGUGUGAGAUUUAUGGACUUGUGGAAAAGAAAGCAUGAAACUGGCCAAUGGGUUGAAAUUGAAGCUGCUGAAGCAAUGUCUAGUCGGUCAGACUUUGCUGUUAUGAAUGCAUCUGGCAUUGUUCUUUCUAGUGCAACUAACAAGCAAUGGCCUGGAACUCCAGAGAGUAAUGGGGAAGCAGUAGACGUUCAUCCCAUGGAUCAACAGCCAUCUCCAAGCCAGCAAGAAUAUUCUCAAGGCCAUUUUCCACAUCCUAUGUACCCCCAUUGGCCUAUGCAUUCUCCACCUGGUGCAUUACCUGUGUUUCAAGGAUAUCCUAUGCAAGGCAUUCCUUACUAUCAGAAUUAUCCAGGAAAUGGCCCCUAUUACCAGCCACCAUAUCCAUCAGGGGAAGAUAUGAGACUUAAUGCUGGUCAAAGAAAGGGACAUAGACGGCAUUCUAUGGAUAAUGGAGAUGGUAACACUGAUUCGGAAACUGGGGAUGUGGAUGUGGAGUUGGAGAAGGAAACUUCAGGAAAUCGAGAAUCAGAGAAAAAGUCUAGUCGAUCAAGUAAAAAACAAUCCGGAAUGGUCGUUAUUCGGAACAUAAAUUAUAUCACUUCUAGGAGGCAGGAAUCAUCUGGUAGUGAAUCAGAGUCAGCUUCUGGUUCUGAAACUGAUGAGGAAAAGGAAGAUUUAUCAGCAACUACAAGUAUCAAGCAUAAGAACUCCCUUAGAUCCUCAAAAAGGAAAGGUAACUAUACCAAAUCUACAAAUAAGUUAGAUUCAGCUGAUAUGGAAGGAAUAAUUAAUGGGAACGAGGCAGAUGGUGGCCACUGGCAAGCAUUUCAAAGUCAUUUACUAAAAGGUGCUGAUGAAGCUGAACAUGCUGCAGAUAAAGGUAUGUUCGCAAUGGAAAAUGAUCAAGUCAAAAGGCGGCAAAAUAUAGCAGGUCAUGAUCCUCUACUUUUUAAAGGGCGAGAUGCGGGUGAUAAUCAAGAUGGUAAUAUGACAGAUAUGCAAAGAAUUAGUGGAAACUUGGGCCAUAUGACUAGGGUUUCAAAUGAUGCAUCAUUGAUGUCGAGAAGGAUGGGUGAAACUAGUGAUGAUGGAAGCUUCAUGGAUGGUCAGAUGGAUAUACAAUCUGCAGAAGUAGAUGGCAGGAGAGGUAGGUGUAGAUCAUUAAAUGAUGAUUUUAUGGUGCAUAAGCGAGAAAACCAGUCCGGUUACAUGGAUUCGCCACCAGACCCGCUGGUUAUGAAUGGAGCUGUGCAUGCAAACAAGAAUUUAAACAGGAGUUCAUCACAUAAUAUGGAUGAUGAUUCUUAUGUGGUUUCACUGAGGUCAACCUCAGUAGAUCAAAAUGGAACUGUUGGAAGACCUGCAAUUGACAUGGAUUCUGAGUUCCCAUCAUCUCAGGCUGAGAACUUAUCUACCCGGCUUGCGAGCCAAGUCAAAUAUGAACCAGAUGAUUUAAGUUUGAUGCCUGAGCGUGCAUCAGAAAAAGGAACUGUUGGUUAUGACCCUGCUUUAGAUUAUGAAAUGCAGGUUCUUGCUGAAAAUGGUGGUUCAUUAGAUAAGAAAAAUAAGGAGGCAGUGACUGGUGUCAAGCAAGGUACUAAAAAGGUAGACAAGGAGCGGAAAUCAAAACUUAUUCUGGAUGCUUCAGAUAAAAAGAAGACAGUGGGACCAAUAAGAAAAGGUAAACCUUCAAAAUUUAGUCCUCUUGAUGAAGCCAAGGCACGUGCUGAGAGGCUAAGAACCUUUAAAGCUGAUCUUCUGAAAAUGAAGAAGGAGAAGGAAGAGGAGCAGAUAAAACGUUUAGAGGCAUUAAAGUUAGAAAGGCAAAAGAGAAUUGCUGCCAGAGGCAGCUCCAUUCCUGCUCAAACUAGAAAAUCUUUACCUGCUAAACUUUCUCCAAGCCCUCAUAAAGGAUCAAAGUUUAGUGAUUCAGAGCCUGGAUCAGCAUCUCCUCUGCAAAGGUUCCCUGUGAGAACCAUCUCUGCAGGAUCUAGUGGCUCUCUUAAAGCUUCUAAACCCAGCAAAUUGAGUCCCGGUAGUCACUCGGCAGGAAAUAGGUUAAGCCGGUCAGUAUCAUCAUUGCCUGAACCAAAGAAAGAGACUGGUGGUACAACUCCUGAGGCAAAGGCAUCCAUGGCUCGAAUUAGAAGAUUAUCAGAGCCUAAAGUAAGUAGCAGCAAUCGUGUUACUUCAGUUAAGCCACGAAAUACUGAACCAGCAUCAAAGCCGAAAGUAGCCAAUGGAUCUGAUAGCAAGAAACUAUCUGCAAUUGUGAACUAUGAUAAGAACAAGACUGCAUCUCUCCCAGAACUGAAAAUUAAAACCACAAAAGCACCUGAUGUUGCACAAGGAAAUUCAGCUGGGAAAGAAAUGGUGCAUAAGCCUAAUGAAGGCAAGUCUAAUACCAUUUCUAUAGGUGCUGAAGUGAAAAGGAGUAGUGACAAAGUUUCCCAUCAUAGUGAUGCGGAUGAUAACCCAAUAAUUGAAAAAAAUGUUGUGGUGCUAGAAUGUGAGAAGCCCUCCAUUCCUGCUGUGCACACAUCCAGUGGUUAUGUAACAGGGGAGAAAACUGAGGCGCUACCGGACUGUGCAGCUAUUCGAGCACCAGUUUCGCCACUUACCAUGGAUGUUGAUAAAGAACCCAGCGAACAUCAGUUACCAGCAAUAUCCAGUGCAUAUAAGGCCACAACUGAAAAUGUAAGUAAUGUAGAGAAGGAAGUGCCAAAUACUUCAAGAAUAACCAUUUCUGAAAAACCAUACCAAGCUCCUUUUGCUAGAGUCUCUUCUUUGGAAGAUCCAUCUACUAGAAAUUCAGAUUAUGGCAAAGCACCUCCAACAAGCUUAGAGACAGUAACGGCAGGAAUGGAGACUUUCAAAGCUCAGAUAUCUGAUCCUAAAAGCGUGAAGUUAGAAAAGAUCCCUGAAGCAUUAGAUAAGUCUCAAACGAAGGAAUCAUCAAAAGGGUUUCGACGGCUGCUGAAGUUUGGAAAAAAGAGUCAUGCUACCAGUGAUCGCAAUGCUGAAUCGGACAGUGUCAGUCUGAAUGGUUCCGAGGCAGAUGAUAAUGUUGCAAACAUUGCUUCUUCUAGCGAAGUUCAUACGCUGAAGAAUCUGAUCUCUCAAGAUGAAACCCCCACUGCUAGCAUAACUCCUCAGAAGACUUCUCGCCAUUUCUCCUUGUUAUCGCCGUUCAGAAGCAAGACUAGUGAAAAAAAGCUGAGUACUUGACAAUGUGAAUACUGUAUAUUUGAAGGUGAGAAAGCAGCAAUCAUGUCCUUGCAGAAGCAAGACUAGUGAAAAGAAGCCACUUGACAAUGUGAAUACUGUUAAAUUUGAAGGUAAAGCAUGUCUUGAUCUACACCAGUUAGGUUGUGAAUCAUUGCAGAUGUUGUGUUAAAAUUGUUGCCCUGUAACAGUGUUGCUGUACUUGAUCUUCGUACAUUCAUUUUCAAUUUUAAAGUUCUUUUGGUGAA